CAAUCGCCUUUAUAAAUGGGAUGGAGAACUUAUAACAAUGAGAUCAGUACAAGACAGCAAGUCUAAAACAUGGCUCUAGUUCGGAUAGAAGAAACCCCUAGAUGGAAGAAACUCUUGGGUUAUGUCGGACCUGGUUUUCUCGUUUCUGUCGCCUAUCUUGAUCCCGGAAACUUGGAAACAGAUCUACAAGCUGGUGCGGACCACAAAUUCGAGUUGCUAUGGAUCGUACUUGUUGGGCUGAGCUUUGCUUUAAUAAUCCAGUCUCGUUCGGCAAAUCUAGGAGUGGCUACAGGAAAGCAUCUUGCUGAGCACUGCAAGGCAGAGUACCCAACUUCAGUGAAUUACUGUCUGUGGAUACUUGCGGAGGUUGCUGUGAUAGCUGCGGAUAUCCCAGAAGAGGAAAAUCCAUACAUAGAUGUGUCACUGGCUUAUGAUUUUUACAGUCGUAGGACAGCAUUUGCUCUCCACAUUCUCUUCAAAGUACCCAUAUGGAUUGGGGUCCUACUAGCUGGAUUGAAUACUCUUCUACUCCUUGGACUGCAACGAUAUGGUAUAAGGAAGCUGGAGGGUGUAAUUGGCUUGCUAGUGAUGGUACUAGGCUGUUGCUUCUUCACCGUGAUAAUACACGCUAAACCCAGUGCAGAGGAGAUCUUGACUGGCAUGUUUGUUCCCAAAUUGAAUGGGCCACGGGCCACCAGUGAUGCCAUUGCUCUUUUAGGCGCUCUCAUCAUGCCACACAAUCUUUUUCUCCACUCAGCACUGGUUAUGUCGAGAAAAAUCCCUUACACCUUAGAUGGCAUCAAGAGUGCAAGCAAGUGCUUUUUGAUAGAAAGCGAGUUAGCAUUGUUCCUAGCGUUCCUCAUCAAUGUGGCAGUCAUAUCUGUUAGUGGUAGCGUGUGUUCCAAUCCAAUUAUAUCUCCAGAAAACAAAGCUCAAUGCAAGAAUAUCACUCUGGAGUCUGCAGCUUCCUUGCUUAAGAAUGCCCUUGGAAAUUGGAGUUCGAAACUUUAUGCCAUAUCCUUGCUUGCUUCUGGUCAGAGUUCAACUGUCACCGGAACCUACGCUGGCCAGUACAUUAUGCAGGGUUUCUUAGAUUUGAAGAUAGAGCCCUGGUUGAGAAACUUAAUAACAAGGUGCAUAGCAAUUACUCCAAGUUUAGUGGUAUGCAUUAUCGGUGGAUCUCAGGGAGCUUCAAGCCUUAUCAUUAUUGCUUCUAUGGUCUUAUCAUUUGAACUACCAUUUGCAUUGGUUCCUCUCCUAAAGUUCACCAGCAGCGAAGCAAAGAUGGGUCCCCAUAAGAACUCAACAACGGUAAGUCGUGUUUCAUGGCUUUUGGGGUGUUGCUUAAUUGGGAUCAACCUAUACUACUUAAGUACGACUAUCAUAGGAAGGAUAACAAGUAAGCAGACCUCAAAAGCCGGAUCAAUCCUCACAGGUGUACUAGCUUUUCCAGCAAUGAUGCUUUACAUCUCAUUAUUGGCAUACUUGACAUUUAAAAGAGAAAGAAUUGUAUCCAAAGUAUUACAAUUAAAAGAUAUUGAAUUAGCGAACUCAAUGCUAGUACCACUGUUACUAAAACUCAAGACAGUCGAUCAUUCAAAUGGUAAUCUAAGGGAUGAGAAUUCCUCUCCUGCCACAUCAAACACAAAGGAACACAGUGGACAAGCGUUUACAGAACCAAUUCCUCCACCCCAAUCAAUAAUUCAAAUACUCUGCACUAGAGCACCCAAUUAA